AUGUUAAAUCAGAAAGUUGAACUUCCUUUAGCAAAUAUCUACAGUCGAUAUGCAAGAGAUGAACCAUAUUUAUUUAAAGAUGUUUUCGACCAAGAUGCUAUUAUUGUUCAUGCUUCAUUUUCUGGCGCCCAAAACUCUUUCUUAUGCUUGGCAAAUGACUUUUACGAAAAACCUACAAAGUUAUACGAACCACCAAGUGGAAGUAUUUCAGACUUUCAAGUAUGGUUUACUACAGAUGGAAGAAAAAGAAUAGUUCCAUUAUACCAUGCGUUUUACUUAGAACUUAGUUUCAUAUACAACUACUAUCGAACGAUAAAAAUAUAA